GCUCAAAGAUCCCGUUCACCUACACUCCAAAAUAAGGUCAUUUACGUUGCCCUAGAGAAGAAUGAAGAAAUGAAACAUGUGCUCACACACUGUGAGAGGGGUAGCUUAUACAUGGCUCUCAACACUCUGAAGGCCCUCAAAGAAGAUAUAGAAACCAAGCAAGGCAAAGAAAUGCUGGUGCGUGGCACGGAAGGAAUCGAAGGGUACCUAAACCUUGGAAUGCCCCUCAGUUGUUUUCCUGAGAGCUGCCACAUAGCGAUUACGUUUUCCCAAAGUAAAAAUAAGCAUAAAGAAGAGAACCAAGUAUUUGGCCGGCAUGAGGAGGCAUAUGCUGAUUGUAUCAAGUUUUACAUUCAUGCAAUUGAAAAGAGAAGUAAAAAGAUUGUGAAAUGCGGAGAACUUCACAAAGAAGGUUGCAAACUCUGUGUUUAUGCUUUCAAAGGAGAAACCAUCAAGGAGGCUCUGUGCAAGGAUGGCAGAUUUCUCUCCUUUCUUGAGAGUGAAAAUUGGAGACUCAUUAACAACCUGGAUUCCAUUUUGGAAAACACACAGCCCGUCGAUGAAUUAGAGGGAAAGCUCUUUCAGGUUGCGUUUGAGAGAAAAAUGGGCCUUAGAGCAGCAGCCACUUCGCAUUGCGAGUCAGAGAAGACAAAGGCCUGUGUGUUGAAAGAACAAAUUGUGGCCCAGUACCCCAGUUUGAAAACGGAAAGUGAAAAAAUCAAGGCAAACUUCAAAAAGAAAAUGAAAAACAAAAGGGAAAAAAAAAUAAAGGGGAAAGAAUUAUUUAUGGUGCAUAAGACAAACUUUGGGAAACUGACAAAAAACUCUACUCCUGUUAAAGUAGUCAAAUGUCUCUCACGUCUCAGUGACUCAGUUGGAUUUAUUUUCUGGGACAAUAAUGGAAAUAGCGGCUCUGCCACCUGCUUCGUUUUCACAGGAUUAUUCAUUUUCACAUGCCGACAUGUAAUAGAUGACAUUGUAGAAGGAAUCGACCAAGAGAAGUGGGCAGACAUAAUUGGUCAAUGUGUAAGGGUGACAUUUACUUAUGAAGAGUUCCCAGAAAAAGAGAACUGCUUUUCUGUUGAACCUUGGUAUGAGAUCUCUGAUACAGAUUAUGACUAUGCUGUCCUGAAACUGAAGGAAAAUGGGGAACAAGUGCCUGUGGGUCUAUAUAAUGGAAUUGCUCCUUCACCACUAAGUGGCUUGAUAUAUAUUAUUGGCCAUCCAUAUGGGGGGAAAAAGUCCACUGAUGGAUGUUCUGUGAUCCCUCAGGGUCAACGAGAACAGAAGUGUCAGGAACACAUUCAGGCUAGAAUAGAGGAGGGUUCUACACAGUAUAUCCAUAUGUUCACUCAAAGAAGCUUCUCAGAAAUUCACAGACCGGAUGUGAUUACCUAUGACACCACUUUUUACUUUGGGUCUUCUGGCUCUCCAGUGUUUGAUUCA